AUGGGUUUGUGUUAAGGGAAGAAUGUGUAUAAAGUUGAGAAAACUAUUACGAAUGAGAAUACUACUAACGAAAAUCUAUGUGUGCUUGAUGAAAACGUAAUAAACAAAAGUGAAAUUGGAAUAUCUUAAUUGCCCAAUUUAUAAAUAAUUUCUUAAGCACCCUCGUGCGUAAAUUAUAGCUGCAUUUAGAAUGAAUUUAAAUUACCAAGUGGGGAAGGAUAUCUGGAAUGGACUUAUGAAGAUGGUACUAGAUAUGAAGGACAGUGGAAAGAUAAGGCUCCUAAUGGAAAAGGUAAACUGUGGACGGCCAAAGGCGAUAUUUUUGAAGGGCAGUUUGUUAAUGGGCAACUAAGUUAAGGGAGUCAUUUUUAGGUUAGUGGGAGUUCCUAUACUGGAGAAUUCAUGAAUGGACUAUACCAUGGCUACGGUUAACUAACCGAGUUUAAUGGUAAUUCUUACACUGGGCAAUUUGAAAAAGGAAUGAAAUAAGGGAAGGGAAUACUGAAGAGAAAAGAUGGUACUAUGUAUGAUGGAGAAUGGAAAUAAGAUAUUUAGAGUGGGUUUGGUUUAUGUGUGUGGGAAGUUGAUAAAAGAUACGAAGGGUAAUGGGAGGAGAGCCUUAUGCAUGGACAAGGUACGUUUUGUUUGAAGGGGAGGAAAUACGUUGGACAAUAUUACUAGGGAUAAAAACAUGGGAAAGGGACGUAUUACUGGAAUUCAAAUACUUAUUAUGAUGGGGAAUGGUAGCAUGGAGUUCAAAAUGGAUAAGGAAUUUUGGUGAAUAAUAAAUAGGUUACGCAGACUGGUGUUUGGAAGGAUGGUGUGUUUUAGGAUGCAUAGUGA